AGACCUUCAAACCUACAAUGGUUCUUGUUAAAAACACUCUUCAUCAGACAUGCAACAGUAAAUAGUGAUACUUCCUCUAUUCUUUCUUCUGUAUUUAUACAAACUGCUUUCACGACAGCUUUCUGCGGACGCUGACUUUUCCACCCAGCAGUAGUUAAAGAGUCGGCAGCUGCGUCGUAUUCACUUCACUUCACCGUGGCUUCCUGUACGGCUCCUGUACCGGGCUCUGCAGCUCAGUGACACAUUAAUGUUCCGUUCAGUGGAGCGGAGCAUCGUGAAUCUGUUCCUUCUUUUUGGUCACCGUGACAGAAGACAAAUGGUUUUCAGCAGCACAUCUAUUUCUCACCCUCACUUUUCUUUCUGCUCUUUUUUAAAACUGUGGGUAAGGUUUGGCCAAAGCAGCAGUUUUUGUGAGGUCAGAAACUGCAAAACGUGCAAAUGUUUCAGUGACAUGGAAAAAGCUAACAGAUUAGUAAGUUGUUUGACCGUUGCUUGAGUUUGUUUUCUAAGCGGUUUCUUCACAGAAUCUAAAUACUAUCAUUUGUAACGGAAUGAACCUAAAAACAACAAUAAUUCAGUUGACCAAGUAAACUAAAAAGUGUACUUUUUCUUUUGUGUAUUAUUUAUCUGGUUCAGAUCAGCCACAGCUCAGGAAAAAAAAGUUCCUAAUUUCUUCCACCAGUUUUCUUCUGGUAACUUUACACAUUUGUGGAUUUGAAAUCUUUCCUGGAUUCUCCAACCCUGUGAAGGCCGGGGAGCUCUGGACUAAACUGUUGUUUUUAACUACACUGAAAUGAACAGUUCUGCUUUUGCAGCCCCCGUGCUGGCUUUGCAUAAUAAUACUCUGUUGUCAAGGAGGAAGGAAGAGGGGAGGAGGGAGGAGAGAGAGAGGAGAGGGGAGGAAACUGGGCAGGAAGAAAAGCAACUGCCCGAUCCCAGUCAGUGUGGAGUGGAACGCGGUGGUUUUGGAUGGGAGUCAAGUCGGGACUGGAGCGACUUGAAGUUUGACACUGGCAGCAGUUUUCAGUGAUUUCUCUUUAAAUCACCUGGUGGUCAUCCUGGGAAUGGUCGCAAGGAGUCAGACAACUCACUGGGAUCGAUUUUUAAGGGGCGUUAUCUCCUUAAAGACUCUUGUGUUUUUUCUUGAUCUAAAUGAUGCCACGUUGAGAUUACGCAUGUGAUGGGCUGAGCGUUCAGCACAGAUCAGCCUCCUCCGCAGCUGGAGCUCAAGGAUCAGUCGCCGAAAAGUUCUCGGACUCUUCUCCCCAACAUUUAAAUCUGUGUUCUGGCUCCUGUGCCACCGUCCCCACUGCUCCAUCCACCCGGACGUCGGGGGCGCAGCAUGCCGAUGCUGCUGCCGCUCCUCCUGGACACUGAGUGAUGGCAUCGGCCGUGUUCGAGGGCACGUCGCUGGUCAACAUGUUUGUCCGGGACUGCUGGGUCAACGGGGUCCGGAGACUCGUCAUCAGCCAGAGAGGGGAGGAAGAGGAGUUCUUCGAGAUCAGGACCGAGUGGUCGGACAGGAACAUCCUCUACCUGCACAGGAGUUACUCCGACCUGGGUCGACUCUUAAAGAGACUGCUGGAGUCCUUUCCUGAGGACAGAAGGGACCUGAGCAAGUCCCCGCUCUUAGAAGGGCUGGUGAAAAUCAAAGAGGCCAAUGACAUCGAGGAGAAACUGAACGAAGUGGAGCGGCUGCUGAAGAACGCUAUCAACAUGCCCUGCAAGUAUUCCAGGUCAGAGGUCAUGUUGACCUUCUUUGAACGAUCGCCUCUGGACCAGGUGCUGAGGAACGACAAGGUCCACAGAAUCCAGCCCUGUUUUCAGAAUCCGAUCAAGAUAUCGGAAAUCAUGAGAUCCAACGGUUUCUGUCUGGCCAACACAGAAACCAUUGUAUUUGACGACAACAUCCCUGAAGAGAAGGAGAGACCGUCGUCCACCGACUCCGUGGAGCACACGUAUGAGGACGGGAGCGAGUUCUUACCAGUGGAAGCAGAUGUGUGCGAUGAGGACACCGAGGCGUACGUCACCAACCUCUCCUACUACCAUCUGGUCCCAUUUGAGACUGACAUUCUGGAAUGAUGGAGCCUAAUUCCCAGAUGGAUAAAGCUAUGCAACGCUGCACGAGCUGCUCCGAGGUUUUGGGUGUCGCUUGGCGGAGCAUCCUUCUAAAAAAACAAAAAACAAAACAAAACAAACAAACUUUCGACUCAGUGUCACCAGUGUGCCUCACCCUCAGCCUUACUGAGAGCAUGAAAACAGUGUUGUUAAUGAAGAUGUAGAAAUGCAACGCACCCUGUGACGACCCGAAGUGAUGGUGUGGAGACACGGUGGCGCUUCAGUCCGACUGAUUGGAUCAGUCGCUCUAACUUUGAACUGACCUUAGUUUGACCAGCGCUCUUUUGUUGGUCUUAAUCUGUAGCAAAACUUCACUUUUGUACUUUUUUUUUUGUUUUGAAGACCUUUGUUUAAUUUCUUUUCAAAGUGUCAUUUGAGAAUCAGUUCUCAAACCCACCAAGCACCAUUCACAGCUUCAGUACAGAUAUUUCACCAUGGGGAAUUCUAGGGCAAAACCAUCAAUCAGAACAACAGAGUCCAGGAACCAGGUCCAUAACAAGUCCCAGUCAUGUUGGACCAGUUAGCACGCCUGCUCAGGAUGUUGCUAACAUCUUGGACCAAACUGCUGACAGUGAAGAGUGACCAGACUAGAGUAGAGUAGUAGAUUAACAUGUUUUCUUUUGACAUUUGAAAAAAAAAAAAAUUAGAACAGAAACUAAACAACACUGGUGAUGAUUUGGUGAAGUCUGAGCUAAAUGUCAAUGUCAAUUUAGUAUACUAAAUAACAAGUGCCACUCUCCUUAUUUUUAUCCUCCUACUUAAUGCUGCCUCCUGGACGUGGGUGAGAGUUGAGUCAAUGAGAAUUUUUUUGAGAGAAUAAUUUGUGUGUAUUUUUGAAUCUUGAUCUUUUCCAAGGGAGACUUUCUUUUAGUAGGACACUUUCAUCCUUCCACCCACGAUGAAAAAGGGCAAUGGACGCCUUGUUUUAUGGGUCACUCCAGGUCAUGUUCAUAAGACAACAUGAGUGGGUUUGAAUCCGACAUUUCACUGCAGUGAACGUGGGAGUCUGAGACUUGACCUCUCAGAGUCACAGAAACAAAAUAAAUCUAUUUAUAUUGCAAAAACAAAAAACAAACAGGAGCAGAUUUUAAUGUGUACUUUAUUCACUUUUGGCUCUCCAGAUUAUAUUUUUAAUCUUCAAGAUCCUGUGUAAAACAGACAACUGAGAUGUAAAUAAUUCUUUUUUUGGACCAUGAAAAGAAUGGACUUCCAUUGAUAUUCACCCUUUGAGCAGUUAUGUCCCUGCUGAUGUCACAGCUUGUGUCCUGUUUUCUACACUUGUUGAUACAAAGGCCUCAACCCCACACAGUCUUGGCACGAAGGACCUCAACAGGACCGUCCCCUGCAUGGGUCCCUUUUGUAACACAGUGUCGAUCCCUUCAAGGCCCCGUGAGAAAGUACAGCACUUUCACAGUGUGUGGAGCUCCACCAUGCUUCUCUUCAGUUGUUCUUUUUUUAUUCUGACAAUUUAAAUUUGAUUGAUAUUCUCUUGACAUAAAAGUUUUUAAGCCUGGGUGAAAACAUUGGUUCUGAAAAAAGAAAUCCAUAACAACAGACAGGGAAUUGUUAUUCAAAUUAUGUUGCUAAGAACAACAUGUUCAAGCAUGGAGCUCCUCGGAUUCUUAUAGAGCUGAAAACUACCUUAGAUCUGUUUCUGUGAAGUAAUAAAAAACAAAAAGGGUACUACAUCAUUUACAGCAGUUUUAGUGGAGAUUUGGAAAAUAAGGUGGUGACUGAAAUUUUUUAUUUUAUUUUAACUGUUUAAUUUAUUUUGUAAGCACAAGCCUAACUCAAACAAACCAGACAUGUUUUUCUUCUUUUUUACAACUGUGUAUGUUUAUAAUUGCAUGUGUGAUGUAAGAGUCAGGGUGUGGCGAGGUGUCAAGAUGACUAACUGGAGAUCAGUUUGAUGAUAUAUGUAUGUUGUACAGUGUAUUGGCAGUAUUAAAAUACAAUUUAUUAUUCUCUAAGCUUACAAAUAACAAAUAAAUAUGUUUUCCAAAAAAA